UGGCAUCUCGGGACUAUAGGGAACGAGCCCGAGCAGCAAUGAGCAGACUGACACACGGAGUACGCAAGAGUACGGGAUACGCUCGUGGCCUCGCGCUCGAUCUCACUCGCACACAGUGUCAGUGUCCAUUCAUUCAGUGUCGUUGAAUUCGUCGCGAGUUUUUUGCGGAGCAUCCGGUUUGACCGUCGGCCACAAUUGUCGCAGUACUGAGAGAGAGAGAGAGAGAGAGAGAGAGAGAGAGAGAGAGAGAUAAAAUGCGAUAUCGCGCGAGAUUCCGGCGUUGCAUCCCGUGUCCGUGGCUUCGCGAGAACGUUGUGGCCGCGGCCGCGUCCCGCUGAGAUAUGCGCGGUGUGCCCGAUCCGUCCGCAUCAUUCCGUAGUGUGUUUGUGCGGGUUAAUCUCAAGUAUAGCGUGAGUAUACCUCGCUACCGCGCGGUAGCGUAUACAGGUAGAGUGUGGAGUGUGAAUAAAGCAGAAAAGAGAGGACGAGUGUAUGUUCGGUUAGGAGAGGCAGGAAGAGAUACCCGUGUAUUAUAACGAGCACGCAUUCCCGCACGUCAAGAUGUCGUCCGGACACAGCAGUCGCACUCGCGUCGUCCACAUCGGCUCGAUCUUCCAGAAGCUGCACGGUCGCUUCGCGGACGCGAUGACGCCGCCUAAGCUCUCGACUGACAAGCGUACACUCGAUAAGACCUGGAAGCUUAUGGAUAAGGUCGUGAAACUCUGCCAGCACCAGCGUAUGAACCUCAAGAACUCGCCGCCGUUUAUCCUCGAUAUCCUGCCCGACACGUAUCAGCGGUUGCGGCUCAUUUACAGCAAAUAUGAGGACCGUAUGCAGAUGUUGCACAGCAAUGAACACUUCUGCGUAUUCAUCAACAAUCUGAUGCGUAAGUGCAAACAGGCGAUCAAACUGUUCAAGGAGGGUAAGGAGAAGAUGUUCGACGAGACUUCGCACUAUCGCCGUAAUCUUACCAAACUCAGCCUCGUCUUCAGCCACAUGCUGUCCGAGCUGAAGGCCAUAUUUCCUAAUGGGGUGUUCGCCGGCGAUCAGUUUCGCAUCACCAAGGCGGACGCAGCUGAAUUCUGGAAGGAGCGCUUCGGGAACAGGUACGUGUCGCCACACUUUUCUCUUUUAAUCGCAACCCAAAGAAGCUAG